AUGAUAUUCCAGGUUAUCCACUCCAAUAAUAUCACCAUAAUCUAUGCUCUUCUACAACAGGCAAAAGGAAUGAACAUGACCGAACCUCCUUUCUCCUACAUUUUUACGAAUACGGAUUUGUCAUUAUUAGAAGACUUCCUUAACAAUGCUUAUGGCGCCUUUCACUGUAACAUAACAGGGCUACAACUCGUCAAAAACGACCCUAUGAUGAAGACCUCUUUGGCGCUUACCGCGGAGGCGAUUUGGGUGAUUGGGACGGCGCUGUACAAAAUGAAGGAGCUUCGUGGACAUCGUCAACUUACUGGAGACGUACGGUUUGACGAACAAGGAGAGCGCGAAGAUCUCGUUUACUACGGCAUUGGCAGGAUCAACUCUCAAUUCGUCAAGGUUAGCCAACUCAAGAACAUCCUCUAUUGGCACUCAUUGCAGUAG